UUUGAAAGAAUAAAUCACUUAAAUCUCUCAGUUCCAUUGCAAAAAAAAUUCGAAGCUUUUCGCAGUCCUACCCAAAGGUGCUUCCACCAAUUUCUCUAUGGUGUCAAUGUGUCAUGCUUGUGCAAGCACGCCAUUGGUGCCAUUUGUGGGUGGACCAAAGCACAGGACGGAGAAUUGGAGAUUCUCUCUUUCUCACUAGAACUAACGAUCCACUGAAACUUGUAAUUCGUAAUGCUACUAGAGGCAGGCUGGUAGAAAAACUCAACAGAGAGGUAUGACGGUCCCACCAUAUUUCAUUAAGAGGAAGCAAUCGGCUUUUCGGUCGAGAAAACAUUCCGAACUCUGACCGCAUCAGCGAGAGGAAUUUUUUUGUAAUCCCAACCUGAAAUUCACUCCUAUGGGAAGUCGAACUCAGGACAAAGUGUUACCAUAGCCAAUUCAGCCGGAUGCCCCUUCGCACUAGAUGUGGCUGGUGUGAGUAAUCCCUUAGCUAGCUAGUGCGCCUUCAAUUCCUGAUGGUUUCGUGAUGUUGUUGGCUAGCAAGAUGGCACGGAAGAGAGUGGGUUAGAAAGUAAAGAGAUUUGUACCUUUCUGCUAUUGACCCAAUCGAUAGUGUUAACUGCUAAGCACCCCACCACACCACUACAGCCCAAGAAUCAAGAUUGUUCCUUUUUUUUAUGUCCAACUAACUUUGCUCUUCCUAUCUAUCAAGUCCUGAUUAUUAUGAUGGCUGCUGGUGGGUUAUUGUACUAGUACUAAGUAUGAAUGUUUGGUCAACAGCUAAGGUUAUUGUUAUUGUACUAGUACUAAGUAGCUGCUAGAAUGGUAGUAUUCAACAGCUAGCAACAUCAGCUGCUUUUCUUUUUUCUCUGGAAAAACAUUCCCCAUAUUAUUAUUUGUCAGUUUCCCGUCUCAGGUUUAAAGGGCUAACAUAUACGAAUAGUGUCUAGAGAUUGCUGCAAGAAACCACCUGCAACAACCGUACCUCUAGAAAAGCUGCAUAUAUACUUUGGCUUCCUAGCUUCUCAAACGACUACUGAAAUUAGUACAUGGAUCAUUUAAUAUGAGAGCCUCCUUUAAGCUGCUAACGUAUGUUUGGAUGAUUGCUUAGUUACGAAAAGAAAGUGUUCUUGGGUGCAUCGGCGUAUUUGACAUAGAGCCUUGACCCUUAGAGACCACGCGUGGAUGCAAUAAUGUUUAGUGUGCGGAGCUGAUUUUCUGCUGAAUCCAGCAAGAUCUCUGCCAAACAGUUUUUCAGAGAGAAGUGGUUCUCUGCUGAUUCUGUGAAGUGAAGUGAUUCUCCAUCCUGAUUUUAAGAGUUUGUGCUGGAGAAUCAAAGAGAAUUAUUUUCAGCUACAGAAUCACUUCUCUAAGAGAAUCAACUCCUAUAAAGAAUCAGAUUGAAUCGAUGGAGCUUUACUAACCAAGACCUUAUUACAACUAACACACUACACCACAACCCCGCAACAGCGACGGAAAGUCGGUCGAUAUACCGACGGACAGUCAGUCGGUAUAAACUUAUACCGACGGACAGAUCCCGUCGGUGCAAGUCCUGUCGGUAAAAGUUUUUACCGACGGACUCUACUUAUACCGACUGACAAUUUGAUGUAGUACCACAAAUUGCCGACGGACUACUUGUAGGUAAUAUGGAUACAUUUACCAACGGACAAUGUAUUGGUAAAACAAGAAUCGCCGACGGACCAUCCAUCGGUAAUAUUGCACUUUUACCGACUGACUCGUGUCGUUAAUUUGGUGUUGUGUUGUAGUGACACACAGUAGAUGAUUGCAACUGUAAUGGUUGAUGGGAGGAAAUUCAACAUGUGACGUCAUGCAGUCAGCGCCAUUGGAGACAGCAGUCACUAGAGACUAUUUCCGAUAGAAUGCAAGAAGCAGGCCAUUCAUUUCUUACUUCAUUGUGAACGAACUGAUGAAAGAGAUGGAGGUGUGGUAUGGUAGGGUGUGUCAGCUGGUGGUGGAGCUGCUGUCUCUUGAGCAUGAUGUGCCACCAACCAGCCAGCCAAUAUAAUGUGCAAGCCUGGGCCAAUGGCAUGUUGAACUGAUUGCUAGCUUGAUUCUAAUGCUAAACUGUACGAAUGUGUAUAACCAUUUAGAUUGGCACCAGGUACUAAAGCAUUGCACCUAACUCGAUCAGCAUGAAGAAACAAGAGGGAGCUGACAAGAUUAUUGUAAAGUACUUGCAUAGAUGGUGUCGAUCGUGUCGUGUCCUGACAAGAGAAGAGAAGAGAAAAAGAGAUGAUGGCACACGAUCGAUAUAUAUAUGUAUGUACACAUGUUUUUGUUUUCUUUAAUUAUAUAUAUUGAAAUAACUGAAGAAGAAAAACUAAUUAAAGAGAGGCCGGCCGGCACGUCUGAGCCUCUGGACUUGAAUCUGUUUAUCUUUAAUUUGAUAGAUUGUUGUUGUUUUAUUUACGAAGAGAAAGAAAGGAACUAAUACAUGGACUGCUGCUCGCUCUGAAAAUGACUGGAGCUAGCUAGCUGCUGCUGGCAACCAGCUGAUAUGGACACCCUACCUGCCACCUCCACUACUCGAUCUCACACCUGUAUGUGGUCAGUGCUAGUGUUUUUUCGUCCAUCCCUUCUCUUCUCUCUCGAGGGAGCUGCUGCCUGCUAGUAGGUAGGCAGGUAGUGUACGUGCAGCGUCCGGCCACUUCUCUUCCCAAAAGAAAAUUAAGAAGAAGAAGAAGCAGCAGCAGCAGCUGCUGAUCAUCAUCUUCAUCAUCAACAACAAGCAAAUAAGCAGUCAUGUCGAUCAAGUACUGCGACCAGCACAAGGACUGCGAGCGGCAGCGGCUGUACCGGCGCUUCUGCGCCGGCCUCGCCGCCCUCAUCCUGCUGGCCCUCCUGAUCGUGCUCAUCGUCUGGCUGGUGCUCCGCCCCAGCAAGCCCCGCUUCUACCUCAACAACGUCGACAUCGUCUGCAUCAACGUCAGCGCCUCCUCCGCCCUCACCGUCACCAUGCAGGCCACGCUGGCGGCGCGCAACCCCAACGGCCGCGUCGGCAUCUUCUACGACCGCGCCGACGUCUACGCCGAGUACCGGGGCCUCCAGGUCACCGUCGCCACCGCGCUGCCGCCCAUGUACCAGGGCCACAACGACGUCACCGUCUGGGCGCCCUUCCUCUCCGGCGCCGGCGUCCCGCUCUCGCCGUACCUGGCCACCGCGCUGGCGCAGGACGAGACGGCGGGCUACCUGCUCCUCACCAUCCGCGUCGACGGCUGGAUCCGCUGGAAGGCCGGGGCCUUCAUCACCAGCCACUACCACCUCAGGGUCCGCUGCCCGGCGCUGCUCACCGUCAACGACGGACAGGGGAGCUACGGAUCCAACGCCGGAGGGGGGCUCGGCUACUUCAAGUUCAACCGGGCGGCGCCAUGCAUCGUCGAAGUCUAGUAGCUGCCUGCCUCAUUAAGUUUCUUUCAUCUCUACUAUUAUUUCAAUAAUAUAAUAUAAUUACCGGCCGUCAAGGCUGGCCGGCCGGGACUCUGCUGCUACUAUCAUGUACGAUCCUUAAUUACUUGAAUGCAAGUAAUAUAUAUAAUUGUUCAUAUAUGACAUCCUUAAUUA